AUAUCAACAUCAUCCAAGAUGUCCGAGACUCUCAGCCCGGAGGCAAGUCCGGUCAAUACCAACAAACGGCCACCAGGACGCCCCCAAUUCACCCCUCUAGAACCGUAUAAAGACCUAAUCGUCCGGUUAUUCAGGUAAGAUUACCCCUCCUUCACCCCUCUGAUCCUCUCCCCUCAAUCUAAUUUCUAACACAAUUACCAUCACAGCACCGAAGACGUCCCCAUAAUCGACAUCGCCCGCAAACUCAACCUCGAACACGGCCUCGACGUCAGCGAGCGCACCAUCUCGCGUCGUCUUACACAAUGGAACAUCCCCCGAAAGAAGCAGCGCGGCGGUCCCUCGCAAGAGAUCCAAGAUCGCAUCGUGUACUACUACAACAAGAACUACAACGAUGACCAGAUCUUUGCGGAGCUGGCCUCUGAAGGCUACGAGAUGAAGAAUCGGAAUAUUGCGCGGUUGCGUGCGAAACUUGGUCUGCGGAGACGGAGCAAGUUUCCUGAGUUUAGGGAGUUCAGUGAGGAGGAGGGGGAGGCAGGUGGUGGGGUGAGCGCAGCGAAGAAGAGAAAAGUAAGUGUGAAGAAGGGUGGCAAUGGGAAGGGAGGGGAAAAGGGUCAUAACGCUGCGUUGAUACCGAAGGUUAGUGCUUUCGUGGAAAAGUACAUGAGUAAAUAUGAUGGUUCGCAUGAUUUCAAUCAUAUCCGACGGGUGGUUGGGUUGGCGCAUAAGAUAUAUACCGAGAUCAACACGCAGAAGGCGCAAAAUGCGGAGGAUGGGAAUGGCGAGCAGGAAUUGGAUUUACACGUCAUAACUCUGGGUGCGCUGCUACACGAUGUUGGCGAUAAGAAAUACCUCGAGCCCGGCCAAGAUUCAAAUACCCUCGUCCUCGCAGCACUACUCUCCUUCGGCGCAGAGGAAGAACUAGCAAUCAAAGUCCAAAGAAUCGUAUCUGGGGUCUCGCACUCGUCUGAAAUCAAAGAUCCUGCAGCAGUUCAAGGCAUGAUUCAGCGAUACCCCGAGUUGGCAGUUGUGCAGGAUGCGGAUCGCUUGGAUGCUAUUGGCGCAAUUGGAAUUGGGAGGACGUUCACAUUCGGUGGAGCGAAAAACGCAAAAGAUAUGGGGGAGACGAUCCAGCAUUUCGAGGAUAAGCUUGAGAAAUUGGAGGGGAUGAUGAAGACGGCUCCCGGGAAGAGGAUGGCUAGGGAGAGGACAGAGAGGCUGAAGGUAUUUAAGGGGUGGUGGGAGGAGGAGAGAGGGGAUGCGGAGGGGUUGUUGAGGAAGAAGUGAUUUGCGCCGAACCUUUCGAUGUAUACGUGUCAGCUUUAUGGAAGUCAUGGGGUUCUUUUGAUCUGUAUUUGUAUCGGUAUGUAACAAUUUAGCAGCAAGUAAUCACUUCGUCCUCUUCUCACUACUCGAGUAUCAAAUGUUCAGUGUCUCAUGGAAUCGGAUCGGCACCUGUUUUUUUAUAUCGGACAAUCGCUUUGGAAAGUUACCAGGAAAUAUUGGGACUUCUCAACUGGAUAACAUUUACUAUCAGGUUUACCAACCUGGCCGAGUCUUGAGUGAGGACGUCUAGUGAUCCACGACCGGCCUUGAAUGAUUAGACUAGCAGAUUAGACUGGCUUGGAGAUUGUUUUAGGCUCUCACGUACUCGUACAGCUGGACUUCUCUC